UUUGUAUACUUUUCAUGAAACACGUUCACCUUUUCCUCUCCUUGUCGCAAGUCACAAGUGGUCACGAGACAGUAACCGUACCUUGCAUCGAUUAUUUGUCAUAUUAUUAGUGAAUGCAGGUAUUGCCGACCUUGUCUUGCAUUCACCAACUACAGAUAAAAUACAUGACUUGAAAACGUCCUUGAAGUUUGAAGAAGAUUCAACUGGAGAAGAAGGAAGAGAAUUCUGACAGGUAGAUCGAGAAAGUGAGGAAGAAAAAAAAGAGAAAGAAUAUUAGAAGAGUCUGGAGAGACUUUAAGAGAAGGGGAACGACGAAUAAAGACGAGAAGUAGAAUCUAUAGUAGAGGGAGACAUACAGCUAGUGAUCGGUAAACUCAAGAACGACCGUGUAGAGUCCUGUGAAAUCGUCGAUGUGAUCGUGUGAAUCCACGACGUCGCGUCUUGUUGAUAAUCAAUUAUUUUUGUAUAUUCAAAGAGACUUUAAGUGAAUUUAGUGUGUUAUAAAAAAUGUCGAUGCGAAGCGAUAAUGUGCCUUGUGCUCGACUAUGCCAUAUUGUCAAGUGGGAUGAUUUCGAUGGUUAUGGAUUUAAUCUUCACGCUGAGCGUGGUAAAAAUGGUCAGUUUAUCGGGAAAGUGGACGAUGGUUCACCAAGUCAAGCAGCUGGAUUACGUCAAGGAGAUCGUAUUAUUGAAGUUAAUGAAAUAAAUAUUGCAAAUGAAACACAUAAGCAAGUGGUUGAUCGAAUUAAAGCUUUUCCUAAUGAAACCAAACUCCUUGUGGUGGACCAAGAAGCAGACGAAUAUUACAAGGCCAACAACAUCGUCAUUAGGGGCACGAUGACGGGCAUCAAGGUGAUCAAGACGCCAGAGAGGAAUCCUGCGACCGUUGAGAAUGAAACAAGAUCGGAUGGAAGUAUCAGCUCUGUAGACGAUAAUAUACCUAAAUCAAUAGGAUCAAACGAUACAUCUUCAAAUAGUGGAAGUACAACAGCAGCGAUGACAAUGAAUGAAGAAAAAGUGAAAGAAAAUGAGACUCAAGAAAAUGGUCGUAAUAAUAGUAAUAACAGUGAAAGUAAUGUAAAUGCAACAAAGGAGCGAUUGAACGAGCACUUAGGUACUGAAAAUGGAAAUGUAUCGACUGGUAAGGAGACUAGUCUCAAUCUUAAAAUGAGCGCCAAGGAAUUACGUGCCCAAUUAGCAGCCCGUAAAAAGUAUGAUCCGAAGAAAGAAUCAAUUGGUUUUAAAGAUAAAUUUGAUAUUGUACAAAAAUUGUAAUCCAAUAUACAACGUGAAUAUUUACUGCACAAA